AUUAAUAGAAUUUCAUUAAAACCAUCUUUUGUUUUAUCAUUUCCCUCUUUAGAUCAGACUUCUCAGCUUGUUCCCCGUACCAUUGAGGCUGAAAUCCUCAGCGUUGCAGAGGAACCAGGUCAUGCUGAAGUCGAUGACGAGUGGAGUGAAGACGCCUUCCAGGACUUAGUGGGAGAUUCGUCAGAAUGGUCUGCCGACGUCCUCAACGCUUUGAGCUCUGUCUCGAUUCUUGACGUCCUCCAACCUACAGCCUGUGCCACAUCUGAUAGAGUUCCAGUCCUAGAUGUGGCCACCUAUAGAGCCAACGUCCGUCGAGUUCCAGCCCGACAUGUGGCAGACUCCAGUGUGGACGUCCCCCAGGUCCCAGUCAGCACCACAUCAGCUCCAGGAUUGGAAACGGCUGACUGUUGUGUUGAUGUUCCAGUCUGUGCCACGUCAGACUGGGAAGAUGAUGGCCCCCCAGUUCCAGACUGUGCCACAUCAGACUGGGAAGAUGAUGGCCCCCCAGUUCCAGACUGUGCCACAUCAGACUGGGAAGAUGAUGGCCCCCCAGUUCCAGACUGUGCCACAUCAGACUGGGAAGAUGAUGGCUCCCCAGUUCCAGACUGUGCCACGUCAGUCUGGGAAGAUGAUGGCCCCCAUGUCGCACCGACAGUAGACACUGUCUCUGAGAAUGAGAUUAUUUACGUCGGUUGCUGGAGCUAUAAAGUCGGCAGGAAGCUCGGGGAAGGAGGAUUUGGAAGCGUUUACGCCGGGACUCGCUUGAAGGAUGGCCUCAAGGUGGCGCUGAAAUUCGCUGAUACCGAGGGUAUUGAGUGGAUCAACAUUGAGGAUAAUCCUGAACCCGUUCCUCUGGAGAUCGGUCUGCAAAUUCUCGCCAACAAAGGCCCCAGGGUUCCCCAGAUCAUCCAGCUUCUGGACUGGGACGAAGAGCCAAAUCGUUACAUCAUGGUUCUAGAGUUCCCUACACCCUGUGAGAGCCUGAUCGAAUAUCUGGACCGGCACGACUACUACAUCGACGAGAACGUGGCAAAGGUCAUCAUGCAUCAGGCAGCAGUCGCAGCUCAAACAUGCUGCCAACGUGGAGUGUUGCAUCGCGACAUAAAACUGGAAAACCUCCUGAUCAGCCCGGAGACGCUGGAUGUCAAGUUGAUUGACUUUGGAUGCGGAGAAAUCCUGACCGAUGCGGGAUACACGUCCUUUGCUGGCACCGAAGAGUACUGCCCCCCUGAAUAUGAAUCAUACGGCUUUUAUCACGGCAAACCAGCGACAGUGUGGUCACUCGGGGUCCUGAUGUUUACACUGGUGUGUGGAGAAUUUCCAUCUUCAGAAGACUUGGAUAUGCUAAAUGACAACAUCUGGACAGAGAUGGCAUAUCACAAGAAUGCUGCAAAUUACUUUGCUCUCUCCUGCAAAGGAACCCAGCGAAGCGGCUUGAUUUGGAUGUUGUCUGUCUCCACAAGUGGUUUAAGUACUUCGAAUAUAGAUUUUAUGAAGAAAGAUCUGAAGACCUUCUACAGAAAGACUUGCCACCCGCUGUUCAGGAUUUUUUAA